UGACCUGUGACCGCGCUACUAUUCCGAGUAUUCGUGCUGUUUCGCCUGGAUGUUUUGAGCAAAAAGGCGUAUAAUACCGACCUGAGUGGUAAAGUUAGCCGACAUCGUAAACUGUUCAGUUCUACCUUCCUUGUUAAAGACAACGUUUCCGCAGAAAACUUAUACUUUAUGUGAACUGGCAGCUUGUCAGCCCGUUCAUCAGAAGGUGUGGCAAGAAGCAAGCUGCUGGCAUAUUUGUAGUCUUCGAUCGUAUUUAAGAGCAGAUCAAGCGGCAUUUUUACGUUACAUAUCGGUAGAGGAAGACGCUUGUUCUCUCUCUGGGUCAAAGACAACAGGACAUAAAGGGACAAAGAGGGGGACGUGUACCUGAUAGCGAAAUAACUGUCAUCGUUUUCAUCUGGAGUUGGUAAUUAACCUGGCCCGCAGGUCGUUUGCACGUUGUGGAAUAAAUCAAGAGACGUUGUUUAUAUCGAUCGCAAGAUCACGGCGGCUCAACAUUUGCGUGUCCACGUAAGAUUUACGAUCGUGUGACAAGGAAAUGAAAAGGCAUACAUUUAUUUCAAAUGUCAGAGGCAGAGAUUUCUAAGAAACACAGGAUAAUAUAUACAGGAUGGCCAAGAAAUUACUCGUCUAAAGUAACCAGGAGUCAGCUAAAAAGAACUCGAUACGGGGAAUUAUUCAGAGAAGACUAAAUUAAACUUCAUUUGCUACUUGGUUAUCAUAAUAAAAUUUUCCUGGCCUUCCUGAACUGGACCGUGGCCAUGGAGAUCGGCAAUACGACAAGUUUCUGGGUAAACUAUUCCACUUUCAAUCAUCCUCCUGACACCAUGCUGAACACAAGCGGCAAAGUAACUUCCUCGAUUUCGAACAAUCAAGGGAGCUGGACAGAAAGCGGCAUUACAGAAAUCUUCUUCACUUUCGACAAACCAGCAACCGUGGUCUUAUUUGCUUUGUAUAUACCGAUAUUCGUUGUUGCACUGUUUGCAAAUGUUUUGGUAAUUUACAUUGUGAUGCGGUUCAAAGCGAUGAGAAGAGCGAAAAACUUGUUCAUCUUUAGCUUGGCCCUGGCAGAUUUGGGUGUGACAUUCAUUUGCAUGCCCGUUAGCUUAGGAGUCAUCGUGUACAAAGUUUGGAUAUAUGGUGCAGCACUAUGCAAGCUUUCAUGGUACAUGCAAGGAGUAUGUGUGGCUACCAGUAUCCUAACCUUGCAGGCCAUGGCGCUAGAUCGUUAUAUAUCAAUUCGGCACCCGAUGUCUGGAAACCGACUGAAAACAAGCAAACAAAUCAUUCAGAUCCUGGCAGGAAUCUGGGUAUUUUCUUUGCUGUUCCUGGGGCCUAUCUUAUACGUACGACAAGUUGACAGUUAUGCGCAUCUGCCAGUGAUAGGAAGUUUGGAUUUCUGUGCUGAGAAAUGGCCAAGACCCGACGGCAAGGAUAAGAUGGCUUACGGCAUUCUGUUGCUGCUCAUAGUUUACGUGAUCCCCUGUGCUGUGGUUGCUGUUUGUUACGCAUUCAUCGGCAAAACACUGUUUUCUAAGGAGCUACAAAAGGAAAGUGACAUAAACAAUACGACGUCAACUUUGAUUAGGGGCCGCAAGAGGGCAGCACGGACGCUCAUUGGACUGAUUAUUGUAUUCAUUUGUUGCUGGCUGCCCUAUAACAUAACUUCAAUGUAUUUAGACGUCGUUUCCACGGAGACCGAUGAACUUAAGAUGCUGCCGUUCACUCUUUGGUUGGGACACGCUCAUAGUGCUUUGAACCCGGUACUAUAUUGUUUGUUCAACAAGCGAUUCGGAAAAUACAUUAAAAAAGCCUUUACAUGCAAAAAAGAAGACUACAAAGCCCCACACUUAGCCAACCACUUCGGAUAAAAAUCUCUUUGGCUGCAAGGUUUUGGUCCUAACUCAUCAGUUGCAGCAAAUAUAUUUAACUGGCAAAAGCAGGAAAUAACUUGGUGAUUUUUUUUCUUACCAACGGUGAUCAAACUUUUGAUUGAUAAGAUAACAAUGGUAUAAAAUAGUACGAUGUCAGAUCGAGAACCGCUAGGCCAUGCUUGUAUCGGUCUAGCUUCCCACACUUUGGAGUUUGCAGUGGACUGCAGCCAUCCAACACGACUAGUGACAAAAGUGGCAACGGUCUAUAUGUAAUUCAAGGGCGCCCGAUUUUAACUUUGUAUGAACAAUGGUGCUACAUUACUGGUUUUGUUUAUCCAUUUAAUGCCAUGACAUUCAAAAACUGUUUAUAACAAGAUGUUGAGAUAUUCAUGGUAAUUGUAGACUGCAAGGCAGUUAAUGAUAUUACUACGUAUGCACUGAACUUUUUACAUCGACAAAAAUUUAAAAAAAUCGAGGAGCAGUGUAACUCAUAGUUGAAAACUUGCAUACAUUGUAUUAUAUCUGAUAUUCAAAUGAGCUUCAAUAAGUAAUCUUUACACAUGUAAUUAUUUUGCUGACAAUACAUCACGUUCUUUCUCUCCCUUUCUCCCUCUCUCUCUCUCUCUCUCUUUUUCUCUCCCCCAUUCUCUCGCUCUCUCUCACUCUCACUCUCUCUCUCUCUCACACACACACACAUGUAGGCCUGCGUUGUCCCAGUACUGUACAUACAUGCA